AUGGGAAGUGGAAAGGACAACAAUGACGAUACUACUGACAGAGGGCUGUUCUCAAGUCUUGCUGGAUUUGCUGCUGGGCACAUGCCGCGGCCUGGAUCAAAUUCUAAUCAAGGACAUGGAUAUCCGCCACAGGCAUAUGCACCACCUGGUUAUCCUCCCUCAGGUGGGUAUCCUCCUCCUGCAGGGUAUCCUCCCUCAGGCGGCUACCCUCCUCAAAGCGGGUACCCUACACAAAGCGGGUAUCCCUCAUAUGAACAUUCUCCCCCUAUGGGAUAUCCACCAGCCGGCUAUCCCCCAUCUGGAAACUCUUCCCCGAUAGGAUAUCCACCGGCCGGCUAUCCCCCGAGUGGAUAUCCACCAGCUGGUUAUCCAGGUCCAUCAGCUCCACAUCAAUCAGGGCGUGGAUCCGGUUUGGGAAUGGGAGCUAUGUUAGCCGGUGGUGCUGCCGCGGCCGCUGCAGGUUAUGGGGUUCACCAUCUUGUGCACGGUAGUAGCCAUGGAAGAGGUUCCCAGGGCUUUGGUUCUGGGGGUUCCCAUGGAUUUGGUCGUGGAAAAUUCGGAAAACGUCAUGGAGGUAAAUUUAAGCACGGGAAGUUCAAGCAUGGGAAAUAUGGAAAGCGUCAUGGUGGAAAGUUCAAGAAAUGGAAGUGA